AUGAAUGCCACGAAGCGCAAAUUCAACAGCCUCAUUCAGAACAUCGGUACGCGAUCGACGCCUCAGCCUGACGGCUUCUCUAGCGACCGCCCUACAACAGCAGAAGGCGAUUCUCUUUCCUUGACUCGAAUCCCUUCCUCAUCGUCUGCCAUUUCAGUACCACAAGCAUCGACAGCUAACAUGACUUCGACAACAACGGCAACGGCAGCGCCGCUGUCUGCCAUCUCGGCCGACUUCCUAUCCAAACGGCGGCGGAUGGGUACUCCAGGCUUGACGGCAGCCGGCGAAAAUAUAUCAAGCAAGAUGACCAUUACAAAUAUUACAAUGAGGAAAUGGACGCCGGCUGGCAAGGAGGUUAAGGUGUCUGACUCUACACGAUUAGAGUCCCCCAAGUACUGCCCCGGAGACCGAGAGCAACUGAUUCGCCGACUCGGGACGUUCCAGGAGCUCACUCAAUGGACGCCCAAGCCAGACAAGAUCAAUGAGAUUGAAUGGGCAAAACGAGGAUGGGUCUGCCGCAGCAAGGAGACAGUUCAGUGUACACUUUGUCACAAGGAGUGUGUCGUCAAGUUGAACAAAAAGGAAGCUGACGGCCGAGAAACGCCAGUCCUAGGAGGAUUGGAGCUGGAACAGGCACUGGUCAACCGAUUCGCAGAACUCACAAUCGAUGCUCACCAGGAUGACUACUCAUUGCUUCGUCUUCAGAUCACCAGUGCGCAGGCCGCCCUUCCUGCUUUGCGGCAACGAUACGAUGAGCUUUGUUCGCGACCAGCUUUCCUACCUUAUUUUUUCAACCUGAGGCUGCCAGAGUCCUUGUCCUUGGAGACUGUCAAAUCACAGCUUCCCCCAAAGUUCUUCACGGAGCCACCUCCUGCGUCAACGACAAAUUCCAAAGAGAUCAAUGAUGUCGCUUUAGCACUGGCUCUAGCCGGUUGGGGCGGUCUGACGAACCCAAAGAUUGGGCCUGUACCUAACUCUGCCUCAUGUUCGACCUGUUUGCGAAGGCUUGGGUUGUGGAUGUUUAAAAGCAAAGAAGUCGACCAGGAGACUAAUCAAAUUCUGGUGCCAGCACCCAUGGAUCAUCUCGAUCCGGUUCGUGAGCACCGGUUCUUCUGUCCCUGGAGGAACCCUGAAGCACAGAGGAAUCCGGGAAGCAAGGCCUCUGAACCAAGCAAGGCGGCCUGGGAGGUGCUGGUCUUGACAGUUAGAAAUGCUGCAUAUCUUCGAGGCGACACUCCCAAGAAGAGCCGGUCGUCGGGUCACUGGAAGAGCAAGAGCACUGCCGAGCCUAGCACGCCGGGCUCGCGGCCAAGGAGUCAUGCGCCGACCGCAAGCGAGGGAGCGAUAGAUUCAUCCGACUUGCUGCUGAGUUCGGACGUGGGAGGCGACGAGGAGGAUGACGAAAAGGCACGAGAGGCCAAGGAUAAGGAGAGAUGGGCAAGACUGAGAAGAGUCAAGAGCCUGUUCAAUACCAAGGACAAGCUCAGGAGAAGUCUGAGUCGGCCGGGCACUGCCAAGAGCACGGCCACUAAUGGAGAAGGCGCAAAGGAAUAA